UGAUGACAUCAUCACCAGGCGCCAGCUGGAGGCGGAGGUUGACGGCUCUCGUGCACGUUGAUGUGUUGAAUAGCUGCGGAAGGUUCAUUUUCGGUAUCAAGCGUACGGCUGGAUUCAGAAGAGAAAUGUCUGUCACCGAGAUGUUCAGUUACAUCCAGGGCUUCCUGAGCGCAGACCAGGACAUCAGAGAGGACAUUCGUAAGGUGGUUCAAACCUUGGAGCAGACUGCCAGGGAAAUACUAACAGUACUACAGAGUGUCCACCAACCAAGUGGAUUCAAAGAAAUUCCCAGCAAAUGUGCGAAGGCGCGGGAGCUGUUCUGCACAGUCAGGACACAAAUUGCUGAACUCAAAACAAAAUUUCCUAUGGAGCAGUAUUAUAGGUUCCAUGAACACUGGCGGUUUGUCCUGCAGCGUUUGGCUUUCUUAGCAGCGUUUGUUGUCUAUCUGGAGAGUGAAACUCUUGUAAAGCGGGAGGAAGUGGCACAGAUACUCGGGAUCGAAGUGGUGCGAGAGAAAGGCUUCCACCUCGAUGUAGAGGACUACCUGGCAGGCGUCCUGAUCAUGGCAAGUGAACUGUCACGCUUGGCGGUAAACAGCGUCACAGCAGGAGACUACAACCGGCCCCUGCGCAUCUCCAACUUCAUCAACGAGCUGGACUCGGGCUUCCGCCUGCUCAACUUGAAGAAUGACCCGCUGAGGAAGCGCUACGACGGCCUCAAGUACGACGUGAAGAAAAUCGAAGAGGUAGUUUAUGACUUGUCAAUCCGCGGUCUGGCCAAGGAGCCCGAGGCCGCUGGUGACAAGUAGAGCGGCGAGGGCGCGAUUGGCUGUGGGUGAAGGAGGGCGUGGUGGCUGCCCCGCCUCCAAGCUGGGAACUCUCCAUGGCUGCUGCAGAUUGGCGACUUUACACCACCUGGAAAAUGAGAGCCAGGGAUCUGCCUGAGGCCCCAGCGACCGAAGACAGACUGUGUGUGUGUGUGUGUGCGCGCGUGCUUAUCGGCGUAUAUCUGUGCGAAUGCAUGCGUGAGAUGUGCGUCAGGUGGAUGGCAGUCUGUCGGAAAGGAUAGCAGAGGCGGCGACGCCCCCCAUCAGAUGAUUUACAAUCAACGGUUUGAUUUGUUGCUGGUUUUGGAAACACGUUCUCAGUCUUCUGAUCCCUGUUAGACUGAGCUGGUUUUGCAGCUGUUCACUCUCAUUCACAACAGUCAAGUUUUUAUUAUUUCUUUACAGUGUAUUGAUGCUUAAUUGUUUAAGAAGGUGGAGAUGGCUCAGAGUGAAGCACUCCAGCCAGGCUCAUUUUUUCUGUCAUUGUUUUUAUGCGUUUACAAAGAAAAAAGAAACAAGUAUUUGUGUUGUUUACCAGCAUUUGAUGCCCGGUGUUUCUUUGGACUCUGACUUAUUGUUUAAAAAAAACAAACAAAAAACCCCCACAAAAAAUAUCUAGGAGCCUCAUUUAUAAAUAAGAUGGUCCACUCAAACUUGAGAUAUUAAAUCUAAAAUCCAUAAAGAGAGUGACAACUGAUUCAUACAUUUUUAAAGCGUUUGAACUCAGAAGGUUUUGGAUUUCCAUCAGUAGCAUUUAUAAAUGAGGCUCGAGGAGAGGACGAGCCAAAGAAAAGACAAAGAUGCACUUCAUAUGACAUAAAGCUACUGUGAUGAGUCAGGUAUGUUCUUUGUUUUCAUACAGUGAGAAACCCUUGCAGAGCAGUGCCAACGAGCAAAUAGUCUGAACGUCUCACUGUGUGUAGUACAGUGUGUCCAUUUAUUGUUUUUCAUGGAGAGAAACAUCUUGAAGGUUUGUUUCUGUUGUGGGCGUCAAUGCUUCAGUUUGCUUCAAUACUUUAAUGUUGCUGAAUGGUGUUUUGAUAUAGAAAAAAAUCACUGUGUUUCCCUUCUAUAUUGUGAUUUUGUUUCAAAUAAAUUGAUCUCAAUUGUU